UGGGAAUUUCCCGAGGGGCGGAACCACCGCCCCCCGCCCCGCUUCCUCCCGUGGUGGCGGCGGAGCGGAGCGGUGCCGGCAGCGGUACCGGCAGCGGUUCGGGCCUCGCCUAGGCUCGGGGGCGCGCUGGCAGGGAUGCCCAGCUGGGAGGUAGGCGACUAAAUGGCGGGCAUGGAAGGGAGAGGACCCUACCGCAUCUAUGAUCCCGGAGGGGGAACGGAUGAGAAUGGAUCCACAGCCUUUGAGCGGCUGGUGGAGGAGAACACCCGGCUGAAGGAGAAGAUGCAGGGGAUCAAGUCUAUCGGAGAGCUGCUGGAGGAGUCCCAGGUGGAGGCAUCCAAGCUGCGGCAGAAGGCGGAGGACCUCGUGAAGGACAACAAAAUGCUGAUGACGUCAUCUUCCGUGGAGGACCUGGUGGAAACCGGAGCUGUCGGCCCUGAUCCCAGCUCUGCACGGGCUGCCCCAGGCAGCACUCAGCCGGACACAGAAGCACGGAAAUCUCCUCCAAGUGGAUCCUCCUCGGAGUUUGAAAUCGUCACUGUCGAAGCGCAGGGGUUUCCCCAGGAGAGCGGGAGAGCGGACUUGGAGCAGCUGCCAAAUGAGGAUGCCAACCUGCUGCCCCAGCUACAGCAGCUGGAGAGCACGCUGAGUGGCUGUGCCAAGGAGGCCAGCAAGGACCAGGUCUUCGUGCGAAUGGGCUACAUGGCCUCCGAGCUCAAGCGCCUGGCUUCCAAGGUGCAUAAGAACGAGCAGAGAACAUCGUUCCUGCAGACACUGUGUGAGACACUGCACAGUGAGAACAAGGAGCUGCGAACCAAGCUGGAGCGGGACCUGGAGCAGAGAAACCAGGCACUGGAGAAGCUCAGGUGCGAGAACCAGGAGCUCCGGAGGAUGGUGACGCUGAGCAGCCAGGAUAGUGGCAAGAGGGAAGCUGCCGAGCAGCAGCAGCAGAGCGGGGCCGCGGUGGAGAAAGCACCGGGCAGAGGAGAGCUGGAGGCGAAGGAGAAGAAGGUGAAGAUCCUGGAGCACCAGCGUAGGGAGCUGCUGGAGGUGAAUAAGCAGUGGGAUCAGCACUUCCGAGCCACAAAGCAGAAGUAUGAGCAGAAGGUCACAGACUUGCAUCAGGAGCUGGCUGAGGCCCGCAGGGCACUGACUGAGCUGGAGUCAGAGCGGGAGCAAAAGCAACGGGAUUUUGACCGCAAACUGCUCCUGGCCAAGUCCCGGAUUGAAACAGAGGAGGCAGAGAAAGAGAGGCUGGCCAUGGAGGUGAGGGACCUGCAGCAGAGGAUGCGGUUCCUGCAGGAGCAGCUGGCUCCAGUCACCAGGCAGCGGGAGUACCAGGAGAAGGAGAUACAGAGGCUGAACAAGGCACUAGAGGAGGCCCUGAACGUCCAGGCCUCCCCACCACCCAUCUUUACCAACACCAUCGAGCCGGUGGGGACAGUGCCACAGCAGGAGCUGCUGACCCAGAACGAGCUCCUCAGGCAGCAGGUGAAAAUUUUUGAGGAGGACUUCCAGCGGGAGCGGAGCGACAGGGAGAGGAUGAACGAGGAGAAGGAAGAGCUGAAGCAGCAGCUGGAGAAGCUGCAGAAGCAGCUGGUCCUCUCCAACAGCCAGCUGCGAGCCUCCAAAGAAGACUGCCAGCGGGAGAAGGAGAAGCUGAAGAAGCUGCUGAAACAGCACAAACAGGCUUCUGGAGAGAGGCUGCACCCUGAGCCACUGAUGGGGCCGUUGAGCCCUGCCUGCCCCCUGUACCAGUACAAUUCCCCCGUGGCUCACCCCAUGUACCACGGCUUCGACGAGUGGCAGCAGCUCCGAUACCCGCCAGCGAUGCCAGGCGAGCACACACCAGGACAAAACUUCCACCAUUUUCCCCAGCCCGAGUACCCCUGGCACCCACCCUGCGCCAUGGCUCGCAGUCAGAACGCUCAGGCAGUGGCCGGGGUGAAACCAGUCCCCAAGGACUUGGAACAGGCAGGUGCCGGAUUGCCCUAACGCCAAGGACCAGCUGCACUGUGAUACCGGCAGAAGAGGAGUAGGGUGUGUGCGUGUGCCCAUGUGUAUAUAUCUAGGAGCUUCCUCUGGCUGCCUAUCCUUGUGAGCGGACAUGCUGUGGACAUGGCCGCACCCACGGCCUGGAGCGGCUCAGCAGUGCAUCCCUAUGACGAAAGUGUGAAGGAGGGACUGGAGGUGCUGUCUUGGUGGCAGCCAACACAGGGUCAGCAGCCCCCUGUGGCCAUUCCCUUCCCCACAAGGCAUCGGGCCUGGCAUUGCUAUAGACCCGAGCCAGGUCUUCAGGAAAGAGGAGUCAGCGUUUCCCAGGAGCAUGCCGGGAGCUGCCCCGGUCCAGGGGCUUUGAUUCAGCCGCCGGAGGAGCGGGUGACAGCAGGGACUCCCCUAGCAGUGGGAGAUCCCAUGCUUGCAGGCGGGUGCCUGCUGCAGCCAUGGCCCAGGCUGAGGGUGGUUGGUGUCUUUGUAUUUAUUUAAGGACUGAAGUGUA